AUGCUGCCCCAACUGCUCCUGCUGCCCGGGCUGGUCCUCACGCUGCUGAUCGCGGAGGGGAGCUGCGGGUCCAAGCAGGAGGAAAACCUGCUGGUUCUUACUGUGGCCACCCAGGAGACUGAGGGAUUCAAACGGUUCAAAAGAUCAGCCCAGUUCUUCAACUAUAAAGUCCAGGUGCUGGGGCUGGAUGAGGAGUGGCGUGGUGAGGACAAGGCGGAAGCAGGAGGUGGGCAGAAGGUCCGUCUCUUGAAGUCAGCUUUGAAGGAGUAUGCGGAUAAGGAGGACUUGAUCAUCCUCGUCACAGAAAGCUAUGAUGUGCUUUUUGCAUCGGGCCCUGCAGAACUGCUGAAGAAGUUCAAACAGGCCAAGAGCAAGGUGGUUUUCUCAGCAGAGACCUUUAUCUACCCUGACCGGAGGCUGGAAGCCAAGUACCCUCCGGUGCAAGAUGGCAAGCGUUUCCUGGGUUCUGGAGGUUUCAUAGGUUACGCUCCUAACCUAAACAAGCUUGUGGAGGAUUGGAAAGGACUUGACAAUGAUAGCGACCAGCUCUUUUACACCAAUAUCUUCUUGGAUCCAGAAAAAAGGGAAAAUAUCAACAUCACUUUGGAUCAGAGAUGCCGGAUUUUCCAGAACCUGAAUGGAGCAUUAGAUGAGGUGGUUCUGAAGUUUGAAAAUGCACGCGUGAGAGCAAGAAACGUAGAGUACGACACCCUCCCAGUCCUGAUCCACGGCAAUGGACCCACCAAGCUGCAGCUGAACUACCUGGGAAACUAUAUUCCUCGGGCCUGGACAUUCGAGACAGGCUGCACUGUGUGUGAUGAAGGCCUGAGAAGUCUCACAGGGUUCAAGGAUGAUGUGUUGCCGUUGGUUCUGAUUGGAAUUUUCAUCGAGCAGCCCACUCCAUUUCUCUCCCAGUUCUUCCUGAGGCUUCAGAACCUCCAGUACCCAAAGAAACGCACUCAGCUCUUCAUCCACAACCAUGAGCAACAUCACCUGUCUCGGGUGGACACGUUUGUGAAGGAGCAUGGCAAAGAAUAUCACGCGGUCAAAGUGAUUGGGCCGGAAGAUCACGUGGAGAAUGCUGAUGCUCGGAACAUGGGCGUGGAUUUGUGCAGACAGAAUCCUGACUGUGAAUAUUACUUCAGCCUGGAUGCCGAAGUGGUUCUGAAGAACUCAAAGGUUCUACGGAUCCUGAUUGAACAGAACAAGCCGGUAAUUGCCCCAUUGGUGAGCCGUCUCGGAAAGCUGUGGUCGAAUUUCUGGGGUGCGCUGAGUCCUGAUGGGUACUAUGCCCGUUCGGAGGAUUACGUGGAUAUUGUUCAAGGGCGGAGGGUUGGGAUUUGGAAUGUUCCCUACAUUUCCAGCAUCUAUGUCAUAAAAGGCAGCACCCUGAGAUCCCAGCUCAACCAGGGAGACCUCUUCCACAGCGGCAAACUAGAUGCAGACAUGGCUUUCUGCCAUAAUGUCCGGGAUCAGAGGGUCUUCAUGUUCGUGACAAACCGGCACCAAUUUGGACACAUACUCUCUCUGGAGAAUUAUCAGACAACUCACCUCCACAACGACCUCUGGGAGAUCUUCAGCAAUCCUGAGGACUGGAAAGAAAAGUACAUCCAUGAAAACUACACACUAGCUCUGAAAGGGAGAUUGGUGGAGACGCCCUGCCCCGAUGUUUACUGGUUCCCUAUAUUCACUGACGUUGCCUGUGACGAAUUGGUGGAGGAAAUGGAGCACUUUGGCCAGUGGUCCAAGGGAGAUAACACGGACAGCAGGCUACUAGGGGGUUAUGAAAAUGUCCCAACUAUUGACAUCCACAUGAACCAAAUUGGCUAUGAGAGAGAAUGGUACAGGUUCCUUCUGCACUAUAUUGCUCCAAUCACAGAGAAAUUUUACCCAGGAUACUAUACAAAGACACAGUUUGAGCUGGCCUUUGUCGUUCGUUACAAACCUGAUGAGCAACCCUCCUUAAUGCCUCACCAUGAUGCGUCCACCUUCACCAUCAACAUUGCCCUUAACCGGGUAGGGAUAGAUUACGAGGGAGGAGGCUGCCGGUUUCUGCGUUACAACUGCUCCGUUCGAGCUCCUCGGAAGGGUUGGACCCUCCUGCACCCGGGUCGCCUGACCCAUUAUCACGAGGGCCUUCCAACCACAAAAGGGACCCGUUACAUCGCAGUGUCCUUUCUCGACCCUUAG